AUGAAAAAUAUGGUCAACAAGACAGCAGUGAGCUCCCUAAUGAAGAACUGCAAAACAGCAGUGAGCACUUUAGUGAAGAACACGGUCAACCAAAAAGCAAUAAACACUUUACUGAAGAACAACGUCAGCAAGACAGCAGUGAGCUCAUUACUGAAGUAUGUGGUCAACAAGACAGCAGUGAGCUCCUUACUGAAAUACUUGGUCAACAAGACAGCAGUGAGCUCCCUAAUGAAGUAUAUGGCCAACAAGACAGCAGUGG